AUGAUCCUUUACAUUUACAUCGUGGCAUGGCUCCAAUUGGCGCUUAGCGUGGUUGCACAACUUAGCUCCGAUGGCGAUUUAAUGUCCUUUGUCACGCUUCCGGGGGUCAGAGCUCUAAAGUAUGAAGUGUACUAUAAGGAUCGUGAUCGUGUCAGCCCAGGCUACUGGUUCGUCGCACCCUAUGGCAAUAUCGACCCGGAGCCUCCGUCGCAACAGUACAAACCAUACCAAAUCGGACCCUAUAUUUACGAUGGCGAUGGGAUGCUCAUCUGGGCCGGUUCACCCAUGUUUGAUAACCGCAACGUCUUCGAUUUCAAGGCGGUCCACAGUAUUGGAAACAAGCCACACCUAUCGUUGGUUUGGCAAUUUGCCUACGAUAAGUCGGACAAUGGACAUGGGGUGAUCUUAGACAACGGUUAUAAUAUCAGAAAGAAAAUUCCCAUGCCGAAUGAGUAUGGUGCCUUUGAUAUCCACGAAUUCAAUGUCCUCGAUGACGGCAGAACAGCUAUGGCUAUAAAUUACCGAGAACACGAGAUCGCCCUGGAUACACUCGACCGUCCGGGUGAGCACACUCAUGUCUUGUCGGGCGGGUUUGCUCAGCUGGAUUUGAGAACGGAGCAGAUUACCUAUCUCUGGGAUGGCAUCGACAAGAUUGCCCUGAGUGAAUCGGUCGCCAUCAAUAAGGAGUACCCGGCCGUGGGACCACCGGGGUGGGACUAUGUUCAUAUUAAUUCAAUCGACAAGAAUGACCAUGGCGACUAUAUCAUCUCGUAUCGGUUUACCAAUACUAUCUACAUGGUAUCCGGCCAGGACGGGGCUAUUAUGUGGCGGCUGGGCGGGCAGUUCAGUGAUUUUGAGCAGGACUUUACAUUUUCCAAGCAGCACGACGCGAAGUUUAUCGAGUCCAAUGGGACGCACCAUAUCAUUUCGCUCCUGAACAACGCCUCUGAUGAGCAGAGUAAUGACGAGGAUGUGUCCUCGGCACUUUUCGUGGAGCUAGAUACCACCACAUCCCCUAAGACUGCUAGGGUUAUCCGACGCCAUAACCGCCCCGACGGCGGUCUCACUCGGCUCCGUGGCAAUGCUCAACUACUUCCAAACAACAAUGCGUUCGUUGGAUGGAGUGAACGGGGCUAUAUCUCCGAAUUUUCACCCGAAGGCGACGUUUUGUUGAACGCAAACUUUGUUUCCUCGCGCUACUCGACCUAUCGAGCAUACAAGUUUGCAUUCACGGGCCGCCCUAGUGCUCCCCCAGAUCUGGUCUCAUCUGUAUGGGGCACUGACCAGACGGAUCUCACAACGAUCUUCUAUGUCAGCUGGAACGGAGCAACCGAUGUAGCUGGGUGGAACUUCUACGCGCGGGCCGCGAGGAAUGGCCACCCGGUACUUGUUGGCAACGCCACCAAGACCGAUUUCGAGACGAUGUUCAUCGCCCGUGGGUACCUGGACUGGGUGACCGCCGAAGCGGUUGACCACCAGGGUCGUGUUAUGGGCACUUCUCGGGUCCAAAGGAGCAAGAUCCCGGACAAAUGGGGUGCAGCUGGGUUCAGAGGAGACCUUGAAACACUUACACCUGAUGAUCCAGCGGCCCCCAGGCCAAAAAGCAGUACGCACCCUGUUGCUGAAGAAGAGGCUCAUAGAAAUGUUACGUCCACACCAUCUCCGCACCCGGUUGAUCCAGAGACGAACGAGAUCGCCCAUCUGGUGCACGAUACAUACGAUCUCGUCCGUAACGUCAGUGGCGUCUUCGUCCUCGUCGUCCUUGUGGGCAUAGUAGGUGGCAUUGCCUUCAGCAUUUACCUCCUGAUUGUCCGUUGGACGACCCAGUCUUACCGCCAGGUCCCCGCAGAAGACGUUCCAGAUGAGGAAGUCCACCUUCGCUCUGUUGACUAG